CCCGCCUCCCUGAGCUCCGCAGUCAUGUGACCCGCACAAUGGCUGACAGCCCACUCGAGGCUUCCCGGCAACGCCGAGCGAAAGCCAUGACCCUCGCCGCGGGCUCGGCGGGCCGUGUCGCUGUGCACUUGCUGUUGUGCACGCUGCUGGCGCCCGGGGGCGCGUACGUGCUCGACGACUCGGACGGGCUGGGCUUGGAGUUCCAAGGCAUCGGCGCGAUCAGCGGCGGCGGGGCAACCUCCCGACUUUUAGUAAAUUACCCAGAACCCUAUCGUUCCGAAAUACUGGAUUACCUCUUUAAGCCAAACUUUGGUGCCUCUUUGCAUAUUCUAAAAGUCGAAAUAGGUGGUGAUGGGCAAACAACAGAUGGCACUGAGCCCUCCCACAUGCACUAUGAACUAGAUGAGAAUUAUUUCCGAGGCUAUGAAUGGUGGUUAAUGAAAGAAGCUAAGAAGAGGAACCCUGAUAUCAGACUUAUAGGGUUGCCAUGGUCAUUCCCUGGAUGGCUGGGCAAAGGGUUCAGCUGGCCUUACGUGAAUCUUCAGCUGACUGCCUAUUAUGUUAUAAGGUGGAUUAUGGGCGCCAAACAUUAUCAUAAUCUGGACAUUGACUAUAUUGGGAUUUGGAAUGAAAGGCCGUUUGAUGCCAAUUAUAUCAAGGUCUUAAGAAAGAUGCUGGAUUAUCAAGGUCUCCAGCGAGUGAAAAUCAUAGCAAGUGAUAAUCUCUGGGAACCAAUUUCUUCUUCCAUGCUGCUGGACCGUGAACUCUGGAAGGCAGUUGAUGUUAUAGGGGCUCAUUAUCCUGGGACGUAUUCAGUUUGGAGUGCAAAAUUAACUAGGAAGCAGCUUUGGGCUGCUGAAGAUUUUAGCACUUUGAACAAUGAUGUGGGUGCAGGCUGUUGGGGUCGGAUAUUAAAUCAGAAUUAUAUCAAUGGCAAUAUGACCUCCACAAUUGCUUGGAAUUUGGUGGCUAGUUAUUAUGAAGGCUUGCCAUAUGAGCGAUGCGGAUUGAUGACUGCCCAAGAGCCAUGGAGUGGGCAUUAUGAAGUAGAGUCUCCUAUAUGGGUAUCAGCUCAUACAACCCAGUUUGCCAAACCGGGCUGGUAUUACCUGAAGACAGUUGGGCACUUAGAGAAAGGAGGAAGCUACGUAGCUCUGACUGAUGGCUUAGGUAACCUCACCAUCAUCAUUGAAACUAUGAGUCAUAAACAUUCUAGGUGUAUACGGCCAUUUCUUCCUUUUUACAAUGUUUCACACCAGGUGGCUACCUUCAUUCUUAAGGGAUCUUUGAGUACGAUACAAGAGCUACAGGUGUGGUAUACCAAGCUUGGAGGACCGGCUGAGACCCUGCAUUUUAAACAACUGAGUUCUCUAUGGCUUCUUGACAGCCAUGGCGGUUUCAGACUGCCACUGCAGGAGGACCAGCUCUUCACACUCACCACUCUCACCAAUGGGCACAAAGGCAGCUUCCCACCUCCUCCUAAGUCCCAGCCCUUCCCAGGUUCCUAUAAUGAUGACUUCAACGUGGACUACCCACUUUUUAGUGAAGCUCCAAAUUUUGCUGAUCAGACUGGAGUAUUUGAGUACUUCGUGAAUAAUGAAGACCCCGGAGAACAUCGCUUCACCCUUCGCCAAGUUCUCAAUCAACGACCUAUUACCUGGGCUGCUGAUGCUUCCAGCACCAUCAGCAUUAUAGGAGAUUACAAAUGGUAUGAGCGGUUGACACUUUACAUGGAUUUUCUGAUCAUAGCAGUGGAAUUUGUGAAUUCUUCAUUUGUGAUUAAUGAUUUUGUGGGACAGGUGGCUGAGGUCAGUUUAGAUAUUCUUUCUGUUACAGGUGGGUGGACCACAUAUACUUCAGGACGUGCUGACAUUACAGCAAAAAGAUGGUAUACACUCACCUUAGUAAUUAAGGGUUAUUUCUCCUCUGGCAUGUUGAACGGCAAGCCCCUGUGGGAAAAUGUCCUUGUGAAAUACCCAGCGUUUGGCUGGGCUGCGAUUGGAACGUACACCUUUGAAUUUGCACAGUUUGACAACUUUCACGUGGAAGCCACACGCUAGUACUCACAUAGCAUCAAGAACAUUAUUUGGAUUUAUUUUUGCUGUGGUACAGAGCCAGUUCUGGGUUUGAUGGACCAGUAUAGGAGCCUUUGAGGCUAAAAAUAAUGAAGAGUAAAUAGGGUUUUGCUUGAGUCUGGGAAAGAUUUUCUUAGAACUAAUCCAGAGGAUGCAGGUAGUCUUUAGCAUUACCUAUGCAUCCCCUAACAUCCAGACUGUUCAUCAGCUCCGGCCUUUGGGAGUAUUUGGGUGGUUUGGACCUUGACGCCUUGCUGCUGAUACUAAGAUAGCUCUUCAUAUCAUUUGCAAGUGACCAUGCAGGUGGCUGUAACUUGAUAAUCACAGAGGUGGAUUUACAGUGCUGACCAUGUGUCUAAGAGAGUUGAGGCCUCUUCAGAAGAUGAUGCUGCCUUACGAGGAAGCUGAAGAAAACGUCAACACGCCACCCUUAUACUCUGACAAGUCCUCUGCUCUUUCUGCCCCGUCAUCAAAAUGAUGCUUUUGAAUUGUGAUAUGGUAGAGGGAUGAUUUGAAAAAUACCUCAUUAAUAAACUAACUCCAAAGCUAUUUUUGCAAUAAUAAAGUAUCAUCAGAAUUA